UGUCUAACAGAAAAAAGCCAUUAGUAAAACAAAUAUAAGAAAUUGUGACUGUAUGUUUUGUAUCGUGCUUUUAGGAAGAGACUAGGAGAGCCGCGUCGCGUGGUUUGUGUUUGCUGAGAUGUCGGAUCCGUACGAGCGUGUGAAAGGAGGAAGAUUGGCAUUCAAAGGAGGGAUUCUCGCCUCUCGCUCCAAAUCCAUCGAGAAGAAGGGCAAGAACAAGAAGAAGAAGCGGACGACGGCGGCGGCCGCCGAGGACGAGGACUCCGGCCCUAACCCUAACCCAAAUCCUGACGAAGCUGUCGACACCGACAAACAGGCGGAGGGUUCUGAAUACACCAUCGACGCGGCGAAGCGUAUGAAGUACGACCAACUCUUCCCCGUGGAAGCCAAGAAGUUCGGGUACCAACCCAAAAUUAACUUCAACUCAGUUGAGGAUGCCCUCGAUGAUCGUGUCAAGAAGAAGGCUGAUCGUUACUGUAAAUGAAACUAUCAAUCAAUUCCUUUAUUCGCGCCCUUCUGUUGUACUUUGAAUAUUUAUUUCAAAUUCAGAUACUAUCUUCAACUCGGUUUUCGCAAUAUCAUCGACGCAACACUCUUGUCAUCCACGUUUUCAGAUAUUCAUUCUUAUUUCUUGCUCUCUCUCUCUACUCUAGGUGGUAGCGGUGCCAUGUACUGUGCAUUCAUUUUCCGGUGCUGUAAAUGUAGCGCAUACUGUUGCAGAUAUUUCAAUAUUAUGAAUGGAUCAAUAUUACGCUUCAGUGAAAUCAUGUGUAGUUCAUCUGUUUCGGUAACACUGAUGAAUCCUUAUUUGUUGUUUGAUAUUCUUCUAUUAUUAUCAACCAGGGUCUAAUAUUAAAA